AUGGCGUCGGCCACGUCGCCCACGCCGCCGUGGGUCAUCCUGGGCAGCGUGCCGCGGGUGCUCUCGGCCGCCGCCGCAGCCGCAUCCCUCCCGCCGGGCCCGGGCGGCGCCGACUUCUCCCUCGAGCUGCCGCCGCCCCCGCGCGUCGCGCUACUCACCAUCCCGCCGCGCAUCUUCCCGUCCCGCCCCACUCGCGCUAGCUACCCCUGCGUCCUCGCCGCCGACUCCUCCGCGGGCCUCCUCCUCCUCCACGCCGACCAGGGCCACGCCACGGGCCCCACCGUCAUCGACAAGCCCGGCCACCAGCAGUUCGGCUGGCUCCCGUUCGUCGCGGGCUACUUCGUGCUCCACGCCGCCACCGGCUCCGCCCUGCCACUCCCCACGCCCGAGCUCGUCUCCUACAAGGGCGACCUCGGCCUCAUCGCCUACCCCGACGGCGCGGGCUACGUGGUCGCCGAGCUCCAGCCCGUCUUCGGCAGCGACAAGGCCGUUCUCCUGCGCUUCUCGUCGCAGGUCGGGGAGUGGGUCAGCAAGAGAGUCGCCUACCCGCUUCCGGCCCGCCUGCACAACCCCGACGGCGUCGUCUCCUGCUACGGGAGGCUCUGGUGGGUCGACCUCUCCUGGAGCCUCGUCACCUGCGACCCCUUCGCCGACGACCCCGUCCUCACCCGUGUCAAGCUCCCCGAGGGCACGGCGCUCAAGUACAGGGUAGCCUGGGGGCUGCUCGAAAAGUACCGCUGCGUCGGCGUCAGCGCCGGCAAGCUGCGGUUCGUCGACAUGUACCGCAACAGCAACAGCAACGGGGCCGCGCAGAUCAGCGUCUGGACGCUCGCCGACUAUCCGCCGUACUCCAUCGAGUGGACGCUGGAGUGCGAGGCCACCUUCGCGGAGAUCUGCAACGACGCCAGCUACAAGGCCACUGGUCUGCCGAGGAAGAUCCCCGUGCUCGCGCUCAUCCAUCCCACCAACCCCGACGUGGUCUACUUCUUCCAGGACGACCACCUGAUCGGCGUCGACGUGCGUGCUCGCAAGGUCGUGGGGUGCGAGGUCUACGAGCUGGUUGAUGAGCCGCCGUGCGAAGGCGUCUCUUCCCGCUUCGUUCACGCCUGGCAGCUGCCACCGUCUCUCAGUCUCUCUCUCUGCUCAGAAGAUUAUCUGAUGCGCUUCACUGUGUAUCUAUAUGCAAAUUUCGAAAUGACUGUUGUUAGCGAAGUUCUGCAAAGGAGACAGUCAACGUUGAUGGAAUCUGUACGAUUAUCUGAAAAGAAGCUUCAGGUGACGCCAAUUUAG